UUGCUCACCAAACAAGUUCGCAAAGACGUGCACACGUUUAAUGGCUGCACUGCUCAACUAAGUGAGUCGGAGCUAAAGAUGGAUCUAGAGGAGGGGAGGAUAUCAGUGUGGGUGUGCAGAGAGGAGAAGAUCGUCUUGGGCUUAUCCAAACGCACAACUUGCUCCGAUGUGGUCAAAGUCCUCCUGGAGGAUCCAAACAGUCGGAAGCACCUUCAAGCUGCCAGUGCGCAUCACUGCUACUGCAUCGUGGAGAAAUGGAGGAGCUUCCAGAGGAUUCUGCCCAACAAAACCAGGAUAUGGCGCCUCUGGGUGGCGUGGGGAGAGGAGCGCGACCAGGUGAAGUUCAUGCUGGUGGACAACGAGGUGUUCGUGGACAAGCGCGCAGCCCGGAGCGCAGAGGCACGGGUGGUGGUGCUCAGCAAGCCGAACCCGUUUGUGUCCAAAUGGAGCGCGAGAGGCCCGCUUGUGGUGGAGGUUCCCCCUGAUAAACAGCGUCGCAUAGUCAGGAAAGCCUUCAGAAAGUUGGAGAAGAUGCAGCAGAAGAAGCACAGGGCCUCCUCUUCUUCAUCUUCUGCGGAGAAGAUGCAGAGUUUGGCUCAGCUUGUGGUCUCCCAGGACAACACCAUCCGCCUGCAAGCUCUCAGGAUUCAGGAGCUGGAUGCUGAGAUUGAAAUGCAUGAAGCCAAAGUGCAUAUGGACAGAACAAGAAGCCACGGCAUCAAUUAUGUGCAGGACACUUAUUUAUUAGUGGAGGACGAUGCAGCAGCUGCUUCCAGCCAGCAGGUGUGCUCUUCGGAGGUCUUCUUCCACCUGUGUGACGACCUCAUGAGGCUCCAGGAGAAGCUGUGGGAGCAGGAGGCGCUUGUGGACAUGCUGACCAUGCAGAUGGAGGAGGAGCUCAACCACCACUGGAUGCAGAGGAGGCUCCAGGAGAUGCACAGGAGAACACAUGAUGAGGGCCAAGAGGAUGCAGUCUUAUUUUUGGAGGAGGAGAGGCUGAGAAGUCAGCUGGACGUGAGCUUGUACAUCGGCCUGCGCCUCCGCUCGGAUUUGGAGGCUAUUAGGGGCGAUUUGGAGCUGAGCCGGCAGAUUUGCAGCACCCGGGAGGAGGAGAUGAGGGAUUUGCUGGAGAAAAUGAACUCUUUGGGUCUUGAGGACAGGGCCAACACAGAGGGGGAGACGGAUGAGACGGGCGGGAUGAGGAUGGUGAUGAGCAUUCUGGAGAGGAAGAGCGAGUGGGUGGAGCAGGCCAGGGGUCUGUCCAAAUGUCACAGAGGGAACGACGACGACUCAGACACCGGUUUAAGCUCCUUGCACAGCCAGGAGUCUGACAGCAUGACUGUGUGCGAGUCUCUGGUCUAGACCUAAGAACUGGACCAGGGGCCUGGUCACAACAUUAGGUACACCUGCAGAAUGGGAUCCAAUAGAAGCGCAGUGUCAAUGCGUCAGUAUCGUUGUGCUUGGUAACUUGGUGCACAACUGCACUGCAGCUGUUUCAAAUAUUUUUAUUGACCUUAUUUGGCCUUAUAAGAGAGACAGCCUAUUAGAAACAUCUAACAGCAUGAGCCACUGUCACCAAUAAAGCCACCUCAACUUAGUAUUACUAGUUUCAUGAUGGAAAGGAACCCUAAAACACACCAACACCAUCCAUCCAUUUUCUAUAGCGCUUCUCCUCAUUAGGGUCCCGGGUAAGCUGGAGUUUAUCCCAUCUGACUUCGGGCGAGAGUCGGGGGCACACUCUGGUCACAUCUAAACAAACAAGCAUCACACCUGUGGAUAAUUUAGAGUCUACAAUUACUGUAACCCAACAUGCUAACAUCCUAAGCUAAUGGCCCUGAACAAACACACCUUUUUAUUAUAAUAGCAAGUUAUGUGGUUAGAAUGUGCAGGUGUACCUAAUGAAUGGGACAGUGAGUGUAUUAAUUCCAUUCAAAUUGCAAGUAUUGAUAAGAUUGUUUCUUCUGGUGGUCAUGAUGUUAUUGUUUUAUAACAGAUAAACACAUUUACACACAACUGCAUUGUUAACAUACAGUAAGCAUUAAAGUUUAUUUUUUAUGAUAAUGCAUCAUCGCCCAAGCUGCUUUGUUAGGGCUUAACGUCCCAUAUUAUAUUUAUCCCGGUCGGAUUUCCGUGACGAGGAACGUAGUACUGCUUAGUUGCUUGGUCAUUUAAGUAAAGAGUCCGGCUUCGCAAAACAAUAUGCAUUCGAAAGAGUCAUAACAUUUGCGUCAUAAAAAUGCCUCCUCGGAAAAAUGAGACCUCACAAACCGCUCGGCGUCACCUCUCCAUUCUUGAGUAUGUGAUGAAGACGCUCGCAUCUCCUUCCACGACGGAGCGCCAACAUCAUCUUGUUUACGUGUGUGUUCCACACGUGAAGAAGAUGCGAGCAUCAAGAAGGGAGAGGCGACCUUGCACAGGGGUACGGUGGGAGAUUUCGAGGAGGCAUUUUUAUGGUGCAACUGUUAUUACUCUUUUGAACGCGUAUUGCCGGACUCUUUACUUAAAUGACUCAGCGGAACUACGUUCCUCGUCACAAAAAUCAGACCAGAACUGCACUUGUGGGACCAGGUGGUGGUGGGGGGCUAAGUGACCGUUGAUGUAGUACACUGCUGAUGGCGAUGUCAUAACAACUGUUACGACGGAGGAGUGUUAAAAUAAUCAUAGAUUUUGAGAAUAAAGUCAUACAUUUACGAGGAAAAACUUGUACUUUAUGCUACAGGCAUUGCCCGAGACAGCUAUGAAAAGGGGGGACUUAUGUGACCUUUGGCCUCAGGCCUGUGGAGGGGGCGGGGUACGGAAGGCGGACGUCAGAAGGGCUAGAUAUGCUGAUCUGUUUGUGUACAGCUGCUCUGUUUUGCUGCCACGUUAUCAAUAAAA